ACUCGUGCGCCCUAUAUUUUGCUAGGAAACCUUCUUCCAUUUCUAUUGGCAACCAUCUUCUUCCUUGGGAGAGUCUAUAGUCGAGCUGCGAUUUUACACACCUUCGGAUGGGAUGAUUGGCUUCUCACAACAGGCUGGCUCACUGCCCUCGCCAAUUGUAUCAUGGCUUGCCUGUUGACAAAGUUUGGCGGCGGCUUGCACCAAGCCGAUGUCGCUUUUAGCACCAUUGUUCCAUCUCUCAAGCUGCUAUACGGCACCCUUAUCGUCUAUCAGCUCUCACUCUGUUUUACGAAGCUGUCCUUGUGCGCACUAUAUCUCAAAGUGUUCACCACCAGUCGGCCCAGUCGAAUCUUCCUGUACGGUGUUUUUGGACUCGUAGUGGUAGCCACCAUAAUCCUCGAGUGCGUUUCCAUAUUUCAAUGCAACCCGGUCGAAGGUGUCUGGGACAUCACACUACAGAAGAAAACGUGCAUCGAUACCAUUCCAGCAUUUUAUGCUUCGACUGCGGAAAACAUCAUCGUGGACAUCCUUCUCAUAGUCUUCGCGGCACCCAAGAUCAUGAGACUCAACCUACAUGCACGCCAGAAGAACGCACUGCUCUUUACAAUCUGCUUGGGUGUUGUUCCCAUCGUUGCUAGCAUUGUCCGAGCAGUAAGAGUCAGCAAUAUCUUGCACGAGGAGGACAAGACCUGGGUCUCUUUCGAUUCCUCUAUCUGGAGCGCAGUGGAUGCCAACGUUUCAAUCAUUUGCGCAUCUGUGCCAUCACUCAAGCCUCUGCUCAGACAGAUCGCUCCU